UGGAAGUUCAAAUAGCCUACUUAAGUUCCUAUUCUCAUCGAGUGGCUGGCAUGGGAUAUAUCCUUUCCCACAAUUUUUAUCCGACCAAACAAACCAACUCAACACAAAACAAUCAUGCAACAAAUCUUUCUUUCACACUCAUAGAUUGAGUCAUAGAUUCAUAGAUUGAAUCUUGGCAUGGCUUCUUUCUCUUCAACUGCAGUCACUGCAACUCUCAAGCUCCACGAACACUCCAGAAAAUACUCUCCAAGCUCUUAUCCAACAGAGAAGGGUCAAAGCAUUUCUUUCCAGAAAAGCCAAAGAUUCACCAAUUUGGAUUUUCGGGAAGAACUUUCAUUGACCAGAGAGGGAACAGAAGAGGUGGAACAAUCCUUCUACUUUCCCUUGUUGCAACAAUGCAAAGACGAAUGCUCCUACUCAGACACACAAAUUGUUCAUGGUCAUGCCAUGAAAACGGGUGCUCAUGAAGACGUUUAUGUCAUGUCAAUUUUGGUCGACGUUUAUGUCAAAUGUGGGAACAUGGAUGACGCUCGCAAGGUGUUUGACAACUUGCCUAGAAGAAACGUGGUUGCAUGGACCACGUUAAUAGCGGGUUAUGCUCAGAACUCGCUACCCAAGCAUGGCAUUCUUGCUUUUCAAGAGAUGUUGCAUGCAGGAAGUUACCCUUCUGCUUACACUCUUGCUGUUGUUCUAAAUGCUUGUGCUUCUUUGUACUCUCUUAAGUUAGGAGAUCAAUUCCAUGCUUACAUAAUCAAAUAUCAUGUUGAGUUUGACACCAAUGUUGGCAAUGCGCUUUGUAGUUUAUACUCCAAAUGUGGCAGGUUGGAUUAUGCUCUGAAAGCAUUCAGGAGAAUAAGGCAAAAGAAUGUAGUUUCAUGGACUUCAGCUGUUUCUGCUUGUGGGGACAAUGGUGCAGCUGUUAAGGGGUUAAAACUCUUUCUUGAGAUGAUUUCUGAGAACAUAGAGCCUAAUGAGUUCACUGUAACCAGUGUCUUGAGCCAGUGUUGUGGAAUUCAGUCUCUAGAAUUUGGGACACAGGUUCGUACGUUGUGUAUUAAAUUUGGAUAUGAAUCAAACCUACAUGUUAGGAAUUCUUUGUUGUAUUUGUACAUAAAAAAUGGUUGCAUUGGUGAGGCUCAGAGGUUGUUUAAUGGAAUGGAAGAUGUCAGUUUGGUUACAUGGAAUGCAAUGAUUGCCGGAUAUGCACAGAUGAUGGAACUCACAAAGGAUAAUCUUUCUUCAUUCGAAUAUGGAAGUGAAGCACUGAAAUUUUUCUCCAAGUUGAAUCGGUCGGGCAUUAAACCUGAUCUGUAUACCUUCUCCAGCGUCUUGACUAUUUGUAGUAGAAUUAUGGCUUUAGAGCAAGGGGAACAAAUUCAUGCGCAGAUUAUGAAAGCUGGGUUCUUGUCAGAUGUGAUUGUAGGUACUUCACUACUUAACAUGUACAAUAAGUGUGGUAGCAUUGAGAGGGCCAGCAAAGCAUUUCUAGAGAUGUCUACUAGAACUAUGAUAUUAUGGACUUCUAUGAUUACAGGUUUUUCACAGCAUGGUAUCUCACAACAAGCAUUGCGUCUUUUUGGGGAUAUGAGGCUCACAAGAGUUAAACCAAAUGCGGUUACUUUUGUGGGUGUUUUAGCAGCAUGCAGCCAUGCUGGAAUGCUCAAUCAAGCACUCAACUACUUUGAGAUCAUGCAAAAGAGAUAUAAAAUUACACCUGUUAUGGACCACUAUGAGAUCAUGGUUGAUAUGUUUGUGAGGUCAGGUAGGCUGGAGCAAGCUCUGAAUUGCAUUAAGAAAAUGAAUUGUGCGCCUAGUGAGUCUAUUUGGUCAAUCUUCAUUGCUGGUUGUAGAAGCCAUGGGAAUCUGGAAUUGGGGUUUUAUGCUGCUGAACAGUUACUAAGUCUCAAACCAAAAGGUACAGAGACAUAUGUAUUGUUGUUGAAUAUGUACCACUCAGCUGGGCGUUCUGAGGAUGUUUCAAGGGUGAGGAAGAUGAUGAAAGAGGAGACUGUUGGAAAAUUGAAGGAUUGGAGCUGGAUUAGUAUUAAAAACAAAGUAUAUUCGUUUGAAACCACUGACAAAACACACCCAGAGAGUUCAGUAAUAUGUAAAUCAUUGGAAGAUUUACUUGCCAAAGCAAAGAGUCUUGGCUACGAGAUGCUAGAAAGUGUGGAAAAACUUGAUGAAGAGGAAGGAGAAAAGACAUCCUCCCCUACUUUUUAUCACAGUGAGAAGUUGGCCAUUACAUUUGGGUUGGAGAACUUGCCAAGUUCUUCUCCAGUAAGAGUUGUCAAGAGCACUUUAUUAUGCAGGGAUAGCCAUAAUUUUAUUAAGUAUGUCUCAACACUAAGUGGUAGGGAAAUCAUCCUUAGAGAUAGUAAGCGGCUUCACAAAUUUGUCAAUGGAAAUUGCUCUUGUGGAAAUUUUUGUGGUUUUCUCUAAAAGCACCAUCUCAAAUUUCAUGUGUUGCAGUCCAAAAUUGAUGAGUUUUUUUUCACA